UCCAACUCAGGAACGGUGAGAUAUGACCUGAGCCAAACAGGGUCCGCGGCUUAACCAACGCAGCCACCCAGGCGCCCCCGUUAUCUUUUUAAUGCGUUCUCUUCCAUGUAUGUUCUGAAGGUAGAAAAAUCACGAAGGUUUUGUUCAUUUCUCUUCCUCCUCCCCUUGCAAAUAAUCGGUUUAGAAACUUUUGUAAAGGAAGCGGUUGACUUGGUAGCCCAAAGAUGUGGAGGUGAGGAGCUUCUAGUCAAAAUGAUUCAGCAAGAAACCAUCACCGCCUCGCGCCGCCCCAGCCGGAGGCAGGCAGCCCCCACCCCGGCCUGGGGGCGGUUUGUAGGGCGGGGCCCCCCCUGCUCUCCAGCACUGGGCACCGACUCCCCCAGUGCGCACCGCUCUCCACGCAGGCAGCCAUGCGGCGAGCCCGGGAGCUGCUCGCCUUCUGCUGCCUGGUCUUGAGCACCACCGGGCGCCCUUCGCGAGUUCUGUGCUUCUCUCUUUCAGAUUUUUGUGCCCAGACCCUUAACUCAGAUGUGAAACCAGGAUUUCCUAAAACAAUAAACCCCAAUGACUCAGCAGUCCUCAAAGCGGCCAGACACAGCGUUGAAAGGUUCAACAACUGCACAAAUGACAUCUUCUUGUUCAAGGAGUCCCACAUCAGCAGAGCCCUGGUCCAGAUUGUGAAGGGUCUGAAGUACAUGCUGGACAUGGAGAUUGGCAGAACUUCUUGCAAGAAGACCCAGCACCCUAGUCUAGACAACUGUGACUUCCAGACCAACCACACCUUACAACGGACUUUCAGUUGCUACUCUGAAGUUUGGGUCAUCCCCUGGCUCCAGAGGUUCGAGGUGCCCGUCCUCCACUGUCAGUGACUUCCACCUCACAGCAAGACUGCACCUGUGUUUACUGUGCUCAGUCACAGCCCUGUCCUGGCUGUCACAGACCCUUGGACCUUCUAUAGGAGCUCAGCAGUGAGCAGAAGUGCCCACAGGUUCACUGCAAAGUAGCCGGAGUGGAAGAAAAAGAUACUGCCCCUGGCUAGAUUAUUUCACUUUUUUUUUCUACACUUCAUUUUACUAAUGCUGUGUCCCAGACAGAUUUGGGGUCUGGACACACAGGAGCGAGUCCUCUGGUGGGAAUUUUUCAGGUUCUGGACCCCUGAGCAAGCCCAAUUACCCUGUGGUCCCAUGCUCACCAAUGAAAAGCCCUGAGAUCCAUCCCUCUGACUGAAUAACUGUUACAGCACUGGGCAGAGGACCCAAGUCUGCUAUUAAGCAUCUUUGGCCUUUCAUGGAUGAAUAAAGUCAUGAAUAAAUAGGAAUAAAGAACUGA